AUGUACUCUGGGAUUCUUACUCGACCGCUCCGGACACUGCUGGUCAGUAGCCGAUAUACCCAGAUUGCUAGAUACAGAAUGGCUUCGUCAGCGGACAAUGUCGCGUCUAUUGAGAGCAACGGCGCGAAAAGAUAUGCCGAGACGCCUCUACGGAGCGAGGAAGGACCACGAGGCAACUACAGAUUCAAGAACAAGCGCAUGAAGAACGGACAUGCUGAGCAGAGCAAGAUUCUGAAAACUAACGGAACCAAUGAGGAGGUCUUAUUGCAGGACGUUACUGCGCUCAUCAAGAACCUCAAUAUAGAAAGAGAAGGAAAGGAAAUCUCGACAACACUGGCAGAAAAGUUCAAGGAGAUCGAGGUUGAAAUCAAGGAAAUCUCUUCCACUGGUGAUGGCCUCGGUUUCCAGAAGGAUUCAGAUUCGGACCAGGUCUAUGUCGUACCCUUCAGUGCACCAGGAGACAUCGUAACAGCCCGGCCACACAAGCACUUUGAGAAAGAAAAGUACUCCAUGGCCGACUUCGUCAACGUGAUCACGCCCUCACCUCAACGCGACGACUCUCUAGUAAAGUGUCCCUACUUCGCCAGCUGUUCCGGCUGCCAAUUCCAAAUGCUACCCUACGACACGCAACUCGCGCACAAAAAGACCAUCGUCGAGAAAGCGUACAAGAACUUCUCCAACCUCCCACCAGAGCUCAUCCCCACCAUCGGCGACACAAUCGGAUCGCCAUUGCAAUACGGCUACCGCACAAAGCUAACCCCCCACUUCGACGGCCCGCCCGACGCCCGCCGCAGCGACGGCCGCAACGGCAUAAAGCGCACCUUCAAAGAAGUCCCACCCAUCGGCUUCAUGAAAAAAGGCACCCGCAACACAAUCGACAUAGAAGACUGUCCCAUCGGCACAGACGCCGUGCGCGCCGGCAACAAGCGCGAGCGCAAACGCGUCGCAGACACCAUAUCCACCUACCACAAAGGCGCCACGCUCCUCCUCCGCGAAUCCACUACCCGCAUCCCCAAGACCGACUACGACGCCAGUAAAGAAACAGAUCCCGACGCGGUGAUUGAAGACCGAGGCACGCACAUCCACCGCAAAAUCUGCAUAACAGACCCCAACGCCAAAUCCACAGAAUACAUCUCCGACGAAUUCCAAUUCGUGAAUCCAGCCGGCUCUUUCUUCCAGAACAACAAUUCCAUCCUCCCUGUCUUCACACAGUACAUACGCGAGAACAUCUUGCCUGCACCCAGCCAAGACCACAAAAUCACCCAUCUCAUCGACGCAUACUCCGGUUCCGGUCUCUUCACCAUCACGCUCUCAGCGCUGUUCAAAUCAUCGCUCGGAAUCGACAUUUCAUCCAGCAGCAUCGAGUCAGCGAGCACGAACGCAAAGUUGAAUAACUUGCCGGAAUCUUCUACGCGGUUUAUCGCGGCGGAUGCGGCGAGGCUGUUCGCUUCGAUCAAGUCGCCCGCGGAGGAGACGGUCGUUAUGUUAGAUCCGCCGCGCAAGGGCUGCGAUGAGUCUUUCUUGAGACAGCUGGUACAGUAUGGGCCUGCGAGAGUGGUGUAUGUGAGUUGUAAUGUGCAUACGCAGGCGAGGGAUGUGGGGGUCUUGGUUGGCGGGAUGACGGGUGUGGAUGGGGGGUUUGGUAAGGGGGAGGGGUGCUAUGAGAUUGAGAGUUUGAGGGGCUUUGACUUUUUCCCGCAGACGGGGCAUGUGGAGGGGGUUGCUGUGUUGAGGCGGAAGAGCGGUGGGGAAAAGGGUGUCAAGGACGUGGAGUCAUGA